AUGGGCAUUCCUAAGCUCGGCUACAUCAGUGUUCUGAUAUCCAUGGUUGCGUCCCCAUUAGUUGUAUUCAUACCUCUGUGCAGUAAGGAGACAUUGGCUUUUAUUGAGAGAUACACUCCUGACCAGACACUAGGGGGUGUCAUACGUAGAUGGCUGGUGGGCAGCCUAUCGCCCAACUGUGAUCCCAACAAUCCCGAGCACCUUUGGGCUCAGGUUGGGCUGUAUAUCGCCCUUCUCCUCUCUCAUCUUUUUCUAAAUAGACAUGUGUGGAAUUCUCUUGGAAAAACUGCCAUACCCUCCUUGAAAUGGAUAUUCAUCCAGCCUCUGUACUGCGGUAUUCUCCUUGAGCAGUCGUUCAUGUUUCGCAGACGACUACCAAAAGAUGUUGAUGUUGAUGGGAACGAUGUGGAUGCUGUCGAGGAUGUUGCACACAUCCCUUCCUGUGAAGAUGGGAGUGAUGUUGAUUCUGCCGAGGAUGUUGCACACAUCCCCACCGGUGAAGAUUCAGGGAAAAAGAAACCGAUGGUAUACGCUUGUGGAACCAUGUGGCAUGAAUCCGAGAUUGAAAUGCGACAAAUGCUUGCCAGCAUUAUAAGACUCGAUAGCGCUGUCAAAAAGGAAGAUUCUAUCUUCGACUAUGAGACACACAUAAUGUUCGACGAUGCUUUCACGUAUACUAUUGAAAACAUGAAGGCAACCAAAGACGCCAGCUCCCGUAAAGAUGCACCCGAUCCUAGGAGUUCAACCCAUGGAACUAAAGAAGAAGUCAAAACCCAAUACAAACGAAGGAUUGUGAACAACUACGUUAACAGUUUUUUCCGAAUAACACUUGAGGACGUAUUCAGGCAAGAUGUUGAUCAUGAAAUUGUAGAAAGGGUCAUGAAGGAAAUUAGCAAAGCAACCCGAUCUUCAGAUGAAGAACACAGUCAAACAGAACCAAAAACACCCGCGACUGAAACAAAUGCUGGGCAUAAAGCAGCUUGGGAGGAUAGAAGAUCGGUAUCAAAAAGUUCAUGUGGCACUGUACAGAUGCAAACAUCCACGUCUGUACAUGUAAAUGGCAAUACACACAACCCAGCAACCUGCCUCAAAGUUACCAGGACGCCAUAUGGUGGAAGACUUGAAAUUAAGAUGAAUAAUACUACCUUGUAUGUCCAUUUAAAGGAUAAAGAUAAAAUUCGACACCGAAAACGAUGGAGCCAGGUGAUGUACAUGUACUACCUCCUGCAGUAUAACACAAACCCGAAGAACCCAGACAAAAAACACGAUGAAAAUGACCUGGACAACGUGUAUUUGCUGGCUCUGGACGGAGAUGUUGAUUUCCACGCAGAUGCCUUGACCAGCUUGGUGAAAGAGAUGGCGUCAGACAAGAAACUGGGAGCUGCCUGUGGACGAAUCCAUCCAAUCGGCAGCGGACCUAUGGUAUGGUACCAGAAAUUCGAGUACGCCAUUGGUCACUGGUUACAGAAGAGCGCAGAACAUGUUCUUGGAUGCGUUCUGUGCAGUCCUGGCUGUUUUAGUUUGUUUCGCGGAAAGGCAGUGAUGGAAGUGAUAGACAUCUACUCCCAGCGACCAAAGAGAGCAAUCGACUAUCUACAAUUUGAUCAAGGAGAAGACCGUUGGUUGUGUACCCUCUUGCUUCAAAACGGCCGGAGCAUCAAAUACUGUGCGGCCUCUGAUGCUUGGACCUAUGCGCCGGAAACAUUCUCAGAGUUCUACAACCAACGGCGACGGUGGAGCGUGUCAACGAUUGCCAACUUGUACGACUUGAUAUCUAACGGCUGGGAAACCUCCACCGUAAACGAUAACAUAACGUUUGGUUUUAUCUUGUACCAAGCUCUUCUUCUGGUAUCAUCUUUGCUUGGUCCUGCCACAGUUCUAAUGGCCAUAUCAACGUCCAUUACGACCCUCUUAAUACCAAACCUGAGCAACGACACUGCAGGCUCUUUUGUAACCAACGGAAUUAUCCUCCUCCCAAUUAUAUUCUACAUCUGGGUUUCAUUUACACAAACCAAGAAUGUUCAGCUGAACGUAGCAGCGAUUCUCAGCGGUAUUUAUGCACUUCUCAUGAUAGCCACACUCGUUGGGAUAAUAGUGGAAGUGGGCACAAACAUUGCGAGUAUGUCAUCUCUUAUCUUUUUAACCCUGGUGGCACUUUUUGUUACAACGGCACUUCUACACCCAAAAGAGCUCUUCUGUGUUUUGUACGGACUUUUUUAUUUCAUAGCCGUUCCAUCUAUGUACGUAUUCUUAACAAUUUACUCAAUUUCCAAUCUCAACGACGUGUCAUGGGGAACAAGAGAAAUCCCAAAAAUUGUCCAUGAUAGUGAAGGAGGUGUGCCUCGGAAAGUUACUCAAGGCAGUGAAGAUGAAUUUAACUGUGAUUCUUUUUUUGGCUGUAUAUGUCGCUGUAGAAAAAAAGACGAAAGCCAAAAGCAAAACGAACCCCCCAGCCAAGCAUCACCGAAGCAGGCAAAAGCUGAGAAGGAUUCUGGUUUGCUUCCACAAAAAGCAAAGAAAUGGACGAGAGUCAGAGAAUUGAUAUUCGAGGAAUUCACAUGGACCAGCGCCUUCAGUACGCAUAUGUGGCACAAGGAAACCAAAACAACCAUAAACUUAAAAGAGCAAAACAAUUACGAGUACACUUUCUGGAAGCACCUGAUAAAGUUCCGUCUUGAGCCCAUAGACAAAAACGCCGAUGAAGAGACACUGAAAAAAGAUUUAAAAACACUGCGCAACAACUCCAUGACAUUUGUAAUCUUUUGCAACGCUGUCUGGAUAGCUUUUACGAUCCUCAUACAAAGUCAGUCUGAUAUAUUUAUUCGUUGGCAUGACCACAAUGGCUACGAACAAAAGUCAGACGUCUUAAGCCUUUUGUUUCUCAGUUUAUUCAUUCUGGUGACUAUCAUACAGUUUAUUUGUAUGCUUUGGCACCGAUUUUGGACUCUUAUCCUCUACAUAUCGACAGCAGCCUCUUCGUUGAAAUUUGGCAAAAACAGAGUUCACCCUUUGAAUAAUAGUGGUGAUAAUGCUGGUUCAGGAACCUCUGAAAAUAGAAGCGGUGACUGUGAAACUGAUAGCGUGGAUAACAAUGUUGGAGUGGAGAAUGGAAGAGCGAUACCUCCUUCUGCAGGUGAUUCUGAGACUAGGCAGGCCUUCGAUGAGGCGUCGCCUUCAUUCUGUAAUACAUCUGACAAGAAAGAUGCUUCGUUGCUUGACUCCCCACUUCACGCUGAAACCUCGCAUUCAGGUGCAACACAUCCGACCUACGGAACAAACCUGAUAAAGUCACUGCAACCCAAAGAUCCGAACAACACAGCUUCCGAGUUGGCCGCAAAUGACAAGUUGGCGCCCCAAACUUCACAGAACGUUUCAGAUCCCGUGAAACCAUUACCGCCAUUACAAGUUGGUCAUAACACGCCACCGAUUAAACAGCAGAGUGAUCCUCAACAAACUGGGAUUAAGCACGUGAACCAUGUCAAUGAACUUACUGAGGUGGAGGAAAACAUUUUAAGCUCUAGGGAUCUUGCUGCUUAUACCAGUCCAGAGGGAAGUAGCACUACAAUGUCAGGUUUGCCUGCUCACGGGAAAAGAAUGUCUCCAGGCACAAAUCAGCAAUCAGCAACUAACGUUCUGUUCUUUGAAGAAGAAAGCGGAGGAGCACAACCUUCUGGCAUUUUAAAGCCUGAUAACAUUCCCCAAAAUUCAGUGCCAAAUAAUGUUGACUACUCCAACCAAACCAAUCAAGUAAAUGCUCCAGAUAAUCUGAAAGAUGCAGGCACUGCAGACGACACCACUUCAAUAGAAUCCUUAUCCGUACCAGGUGUAUCCGUAGAUACGAACAGCACGGUACCUUUGUUGGAUGCAAACGACAAAGCUUCGAAAAAUGUGACGCCUAACCAUCCUCCCCCAAAAACCUUGUUUCACAAUUUUGACUACGCUGUCCAGGCGGAUGCAGCGCAAGUAAAUGCUUCAUAUGAUGUAAAAGAUGCGGGCUCGGCACAUCCGACGCACGGCACCACUCUGAUAGAACCCUUACCCCAAGCCUUGCCUGUAGAGCUGAACAACACGGCAUCUUGGUCAGACGCAAAUGGGAAGCCAGCACUUCAACAUCCUGAACCCCUCCAUGCAGCACUCAGUACUCAGUCAGAAAGUUUAACUUACGAGUUUGCUUCAAGAAAUGUGGUGUCAGCACCGCCACUACAAGAACGGUGCGUUACUGAGGGGGAGGAAGAGUUCCUCAUUUCCACAGGCCCUACAUCUGACAUGCCAAUAGAUAAACACAUGCAUUCAUGGGUUAGUGACACGAAUAUACAGGAACCGACGGCAACUCACCAAAAUGUAGGUGAACAAACAAUCAAAAAGAAAAGAAGAAGGAAGAAACGAAAAACUAUAGUGAACGAACAACAAAAUGACUGUGGUCCCUCCUAUGAACAAGCUCCCGCAGAAAUUAAUAACGAAAACAAUGAAUUUCAAUUGAGCGAUCAUACAGCUCCACAGACUUUUAACUAAACACCUUAUUACCGUUUUGUUCACUUUCAUUUCCAUAUUUAUCCCGGGGAGAUCAACCUUGAGUAGAAGCAAGGUAAUAAAGACUUAGCGUGCGAAUAAUGUAGUUAUGCUUAAA